AUGAAAUUGGCCUCAUCAUUGUGGUAUCCAGUUGUGCGAAAUUGGAAAGGAGUAGCUAUUUGGAAAGAAUCAGAUCGUAUUAAAUUCCCAAAGGGCAAAAGUGAACGACGAUUUGCCUUUCAUAAGUCUCCAGCUAUCUACGCCUUAAUUAUCACAUCAUAUAUACUCUACGCUCGAAUCCGAAGUGAUAGAGAUAAGAAUUACAGACCAAGUAAUAUGGGCUCGAAUCAGUGCGAAUCAGGAGGAAGCACAACUGUUGCCGGACCGAUCCCAGCUAACGAAAUCAAGUCGCUGGUAAAGGAAACGCCACCGGAAACGAAAGAUUUUUAUUUCCAGCAGACGAUGCUUCGUAUUAAAGAUCCUCGGAAAACAUUGCCAUUUUAUUGUAAUAUUCUGGGAAUGAGAUUACUGAAACAGAUGGAUUUCCCAGAAGGAAAAUUCUCCUUGUAUUUCGUGGGUUAUAAGCCGGCAGCAGAAAUUCCUAGCGAUCCUAUAGAGCAGAAACGCUAUGCACUUUCGACAUUAGCAACGAUCGAAUUAACUCAUAACUGGGGUACCGAGAACGAUCCAAACUUUAGUUAUCAUAAUGGAAAUAAAGAACCACGCGGUUUUGGUCAUAUUGGAAUAGCAGUAAAGGAUGUAUAUGCGGCAUGUAAACGUUUCGAGGAAUUAGGUGUUAACUUCGUAAAGAAGCCGGACGAUGGUCGUAUGAAGGGGUUAGCAUUUAUUCAGGAUCCGGAUGGUUACUGGAUCGAAAUAUUCAAUCCUUACACUGUAUAA